AUGGCUACGGCCAUUGGAGGCGGUAGUGACGUAGAGGUCGGAUUUGCGAAGCUCCAAGGGGAGGAUUUCGAGUACUAUAUGCAGUCAUACUCUAUAAUGCUCGGCCGGAAUUCGAAGAAAUCGACCGUCGACGUCGACCUGUCAUCCCUCGGCGGCGGGAUGAACAUUUCGCGGAACCACGCUAGGAUCUUCUACGACUUCACGCGCCGCCGCUUCUCCCUUGAGGUCCUCGGCAAAAAUGGCUGCCUUGUUGAAGGUGUUCUUCAUCUCCCUGGGAACCCCAACGUCAAGCUCGACUCUCAGGACCUCUUGCAGAUUGGUGACAAAGAGUUCUACUUUCUGCUACCGGUUCGGAGUAUCCUAGGCGGCGGGCCUUUGGGACCCAGGCACCACGUCUCAGGGCACACUAGUGCCGGCGCAGUUGUCCCGUACCAAAAUUAUCAUCCGGGUCAGGGUUCCGGGUCGGGUAAGAAGAGUGGACGUGGUAGAGAGUACGAUGAUGACGAUGAUGACGACGACGAUGACGAUGAAGAUGAUGUCAGGGGCAGUGGAAAGAAAACAAGGAGAGAUGGGCAUGAAGAAUAUGCUUCCAGUGAGAAGAAGAGAGAGGGAAGAGCGAAGGUGGAUCGUGAAGCUGAUGAUCAACAAGUUUUGCAGCUGGAGGAGAAGGAUGUUGUAUCAUCUGUUGCCACUGUGCUUUCUGAUUUGUGUGGUCCUGGAGAUUGGAUGCCUAUGGAAAAACUUCAUUCCGUGAUACUAGAGAAGUAUGGAAACGUGUGGCAUCACAGUAGAGUAAGAAGGUACCUGACACAAGAAGAUUGGGCUAUCCCUGAAGCCAAGGGUAAACCAUGGUAUGGUUUGCUGAUGCUGCUGAGAAAGUACCCGGAACAUUUCGUAAUCAACACUAGAUCAAAGGGAAGAGUUACGCUCGAAUUUGUGUCCCUCGUCUCCUUACUCUCAUGA